GAAGUGCAGAUUGCGAACCUGGACAUUAUUUGGCUGGAUAUUCUUUAAUCAAGAAAAGGUUUAUGAGUCAGGAUGCAGAGCCGAUUUGGCAUCACACUACCUAACAAGCCUCUUACAAGGUCUCAUAUCCAUGGGGCGUCUAGUAUUCCCCUCGAAACAGUAACCCUGGCUGAAGCUCUGGAUGACACCGCCAUGAAAUAUCCCCAAAAAGAAGCAAUAAUUUAUCAUUCAAUAAACAAAGCGAGAGAUGUGAUGCUGUUCGAAGAAUGGCAAAGUAAAUCAAGAAAGAUUGGGGCAGCAUUGAAGAGACUUGGCAUCAACCUUGGUGACAAUGUAGCUAUAUUGGCACCUAACUGUAAUGAGUUUCUGAUCGCUGCAUGGGGUGUCUUCUAUAUCGGGGCUACUGCUGUUUUCCUUAGCUACGAACUAAAAAGUGGGGAGGACAUUAUCAGUAAAAUAAAAAGUACUAAAUGCAGAGGCCUUUUCAUAUAUAAUGAUAGCAGUUCUAUGGCAAACAGAGUUUUGGAAGAAGUGCUGAAUCAGGAUACUGGAUUACAUGAAAUCGAAAAGCCAUUGAUAAUUUCAAUUGGCAAGUCUUUUGAUGGGACUCAUUCAUUUGAUGAUCUUUUAAAUACACCAACACCUGCUGAAGUUGAUGAUGUCAUCAAGAAUAUGUUCAAAAUAAACUGUGAAGAUAGCGCUUUUGUAGCUUUGACAUCUGGUAGCACAGGAACACCUAAGAUAGUCAACAUAAAUCACCAAGCUAUUUUAAAUUCAUUCUACUACUCAUGUAGUCUAAGAGGUGGGAUGGAUGAAAAAAGCGUAAUCUUCAAUGAUCGCCCCCUCUCCUGGAUCGGAGGUCUCAUGAUGCCUGUAUGCGCGGUCAAGAUGGGUACAACUGGCGUAUCGAUUGACACAAGUACAACUGUAAGUGGGACACAAACUGAGUUCAUACUUGAGUGCAUAAAAUCUGAAGGUUGUACACACAUGAUAGCCAUGCCGUAUCUCAUGUAUGAUAUCAUACACAGUGACUUAAAGAUGAAAGAUACCAUCACAAGUCUGGAAACUAUAUUUGUCGGUGGACAAAAAGUUCCAGAAAAUCUUGUGCAGGGAAUGAGAGAUAUUUUCAAGGGGCUAACAGUUGUAAACUUGUAUGGCUCCAGUGAAAUUGGUGGUACUGUGUUGAGUACAAGCAUAUCUGAACCACUGGUAGUGGAUGGCUGCGUUACAGUUGGAUACCCUAUUCCUCACACUGAAGUGAAAUUGAUUGAUGAAAAUGGUUAUGUUAUUCCCAUCGGUCAACAUGGUGAAAUAUGCCUGAGGGGACAUAACUGGGUGAGCAAGGCAUUCCAAGAUGAGCAUGGCUGGUUCCACACAGGAGAUAUUGGGGAAAUGGAUUCUGCUGGAAGACUGUACAUAUUCGGACGUUGCAAAGACAUGAUUAAACGUGGUACGCUUGCAAUAGUUACAGGUCCACUUGAACAGACCCUUGCUACGAAUGAGAGAAUUGAAGCUGUGUACGUGGUAGGUGUACCAGAUGAAAGGCUCUAUGAGGAGAUAUGUGCUUGUAUUGAAGUGAAACCCGAUGCCAACCUUACUGCCGAUGAUAUGAGAAGCUGGUGUGAUGAGGUGUUCACUGCGGAAGGGACUGCCGAUGGCAUUAGUAUGGCGCCAAAAUACUUUGUGUUUGUUGACAGUUUCCCCCUCCGGCCAAAUGGUAAAAUUGAUAGAGGCCAACUGAAAACUUUAGCAAUGGCACAACUUCAUAUGUCAGAAUAAACUUUAGGAAUGGUCCCAUCUUUCGCCAAAUGGAAGGUCUUUGGAGGGUCAUAGUCAGAAUAAAAGAAACCAGAAGAGAAUGGUUGAUGUACUUGUUACAUCAGAAGAUUUGAAUGCAAAUGUACAUACUAAAGCUAACUUUAACCUUUUAAUAAAAAAA